AUGUUCUCUGAAACAUCCGUUGAUGCGCCCAGCAAACCUUCGCCCGAAAAGGAUGCUAAAAAAUCUCUGCGCCCUUCGAGGGACCCACGUCCAAAGAAUGCAGUAGAGCUUCAACCGCUGCCUCCGCUAAGGACGAACCAACCCGGCGCGGUGCAGGAGGAGCUGUUCAUCGCGAAGUUGAGACAGUGCUGUGUCCGGUUUGAUUUCAUGGACCCGCAGUCGGAUCUGAGUGGGAAGGAAAUUAAGCGAGCCGUGCUGAACGAAUUGUCGGCGUACCUCGAGCUCGGCACUCGUGUACUGACGGAGAACGUUUACCCGGAGAUUAUCACAAUGAUAUCAGUGAAUCUGUUUAGGCCACUGCCAUUUAGUGCAAACUUGGAAUUCGAUCCAGAUAAAGACGAGCCGACGCUCGAUGCGUCAUGGCCCCAUCUGAAGCUGGUGUAUGACGUGUUUCUACGCUUCCUGGAUGCAUCGGACUUUCAAGCGACGUUCGCCGGGAAGGUAAUUGGCCAAAAGUUUAUCGUGCAGCUGUUAGAGCUGUUUCAAUCCGAAGAUAAGCAAGAACGUAGUUUAUUAAAGCUCGCAUUGCGUCAUAUAUAUAGCAAAGUUAUGGGAUUACGUGCUUUUAUCCGCAAGCAAAUCAAUAACAUAUUUCUACGCUUCACGUACGAAACCGAACAUUUCAACGGAAUCCGCGAGUUACUAGAGACUUUGUAUCAUAUAAUCACUGGGUACAGCGUGCCGAUCAAAGUGAAACACAAGCAGUUUCUGGUGAAAGUCCUGCUCCCUCUGCACAAAGUGAAAGGGUUACAAUUGUUUCAUGAACAGCUCACGAACUGUGUGGUUCAAUUUCUGGAGAAGGACCCUGCCCUAACGGAGCCAGUGAUACACAGGCUGCUCCAGUUCUGGCCAAAGACGUGCUCCCGGAAGGAGGUAAUGUUCCUCAGUGAGAUCGAAUGUAUACUGGACGCUAUCGAACCGUCUCGGUUCAUUAUUAUUAUGGAACCGCUGUUCCGACAGAUCGCCAAGUGUGUCUCGAGUCCACAUGCUCAGGUAGCCGAACGGGCACUGCGCUUCUGGAACAAUGACUACGUUAUGUCGCUGAUCGAGCACAACCAUGACGUCAUUCUGCCGAUCACGUUUCCGGCCCUGUACCGAUUUAGCAAAGAGCACUGGGAUCGGACGACCGUCGGCCUUGCCUAUAAUGCGCUAGAAAUGUUCGCGUUGAUAAACUCCAAAAUGUGCGACGAGUUGACCGCCAAGACUCGCGUGGGGCAGAAAAAACUUUGUAAGCGGCACGAACGAGAGAUCACUCGCCGAUUGGAUGGAGCCAGUAAUGAACCUAAAGUCGACAGCACUGCCUGGCAGAUCAAAGCCUCCUCGAGUAUUGCUUUGGUAUACAGGUGGCGCAGGCCAAUACCGAUUAAAUUGUGA